AUGAGCGCGGCGGGCCGAGCGGCCUCGGGGCGGGACAGCGGCCGCUGGAGGAGCCGCAGCCUCGGGCAGGUCGUCGGCGAAGUCCUGCGGAAAAGGAGGCGGAUCUCCCGGGCAGCGCCUCGUCUACAGCGGCCCCGGGACACGGACACAGGGGUCGACACGAGGCUAAAGAUAGACGGAGGAAACCUGGUGGAUCACGAUGGCUUUCAGCAGUGGGUGGACACUUGCAGGCCCAUCGUUUGGCUCCCAGCCGGAAUACCCACCGCAUGGAGACAGCGGAUGUGGGUGAUGAUGGCUGAUCACUAUCUCGACACCAUCGCUGUGGAUUGGGGGAAGACGGUGGAGAGGGUGAUGGGGGGCCUGGACCAGGAUGUGUUGGGAGUGCGAGUGGAGAAGGAUCUGCGUCAGUCCAGCCUGAAGCAAUAUGGCGGCGCUGACCUGAAACGUUUCCUGGCCGCGCUCAAGCGCCUGCUGGUGGCGUACGCUCGCUGGAACCAACACACGGGCUACUGUCAGGGAUUCAUCACACCAGCGGCUGUCAUCCUCGCCGCCAUGGGGAACGAUGAGGGAGCAGCCUUAAAGGUCCUCCUCUAUCUCCUUGACCACGUGCUUCCAGACAGUUACUUUGCCAACAGCAUCAGCGCCCUGACUGUCGACGUGACCGUCUUUCAUGAGCUGCUCAAGAUCCAGCUGCCCGACCUCUGGCAACAUCUGGAGCAUCUGUACCGGGCGGCCAAGCAUGCUAGCGAUGGGAGGUGUGUGUUGCCGCUCCACAGUGUGGUCACGAUGCACUGGCUCCUCACCCUCUUCACCUCCUGUCUUCCCAAAGACUCCGUCAUCUGGAUCUUCGAUGCCAUCUUCUUCGAGGGUUCGGAGGUGAUGCUGCGGGUUGCCCUGGCGAUAUGGGCUCAGCUGGCAGAGUGGAUCGGGCGGUGCCAGAGUAUCGAGGAGGUUUCGUUCGGGUUAAGCCGGGAGAUGAUGGCAAGGAAGGUUCUGGAACCUGUGGGACUCAUGCAGGCGGUGCGAUCAAUGGCAGCGUUUCCUUCCCUUAAAGUGAGGGAACUGAGGGAGAAAUACAGCCGUGGGCCUCCGCAGACCAAGCCCAGCGUCGCCAGUGUCCGGCCCAAUGACCCAUCGUUGAGGAAGACAGGCAGCGAGACCAAUGGUCACUGCACCUUCCUGGCUGCCGUUGGUUACGGACAGACACAGAACCAGCAUAACGCAGGCAGCUCGGAUUCCCAAUCAGGCACGACAUUGCCGUACCCCAGCAAGACCAAGAAUAUGAACCGUUUCCUCGCUGACCAACGGCUGGAGAACGGUACCAAGGCCAGGGGUAAUGGAGGCCACCAGCUGGGUCCCAGUGAGAUGUCAGAGACGGGGCACAAGGAGCAGAGGAAGAGGCUGCUGGCUCUGUGGUGUUUGCAGGUGUCCCACAGAACCUUGUGCCGGGGCUCGAAGGGCCGGUCAGCUUGCAGCGACACGGUCAGCUUACUCCAGGAGACGAACGACGUCUGCAAGGCGGACCCUCCCAAAACGGCCGACUCUGCCCACCCUCUCCCGGAGGGAAGCUGGGAAAAUCCCGGAACGUCCUGGGAUCGGGACGGGAAACGCUCCGAACCGUCGUGGGAGAGGGGUGGCGGUGGGUCGUCGGCGGUCGAAACGCUGCUCCAAACUCUUCACAUAUCGGAGCAACGGCCCGGCCUAUCGCCGGCCCCCCGUACAUCUCCUCGCCGCUGAAGACAAACGGUUUCACCGCCGAUCCGACGGGGAAAACACACCAACGAGCCUCUGCCGGCGAAUCUCUUCACCAAACCCCUCGGUCACAAGAAUACAGCGAUCAGAGGCACCGUUCACAUGUCCCGACUCAGCCAAUGACUGGGAGCAUGUGGCGGGGACGGGAGGUGGGUGGCUGAGGGGAAGAGAGGAAAAUCAGUGAUACAGCGUGGGAACAGGCCCUUCGGCCCUACUUGCCCCCACCGUCCAACAUGCCCCAUCUACACCAGUCACACUUGCUCGCAUUUGGACAAUAUCCCUCUA